UCUUUAAACCUCUCUCCAUCUUGUAGCUACUACUUUGGCAAUGGCUUCAAGUUCUCACUCUAUGUCCUUUCCCACCUUUAAACUAAUAAAGCUUUGCUUGAUUUUUAUUAUCACAAGUCUUAUUAGGACAAGUUCAGGUCAGUUAUCCACUAAAUUCUAUGAUGAAAAGUGUCCCAAAGCCCUUACCACCAUUCGAAAAGCAGUGGAAGAUGCUGUGCACAAGGAGAGUCGCAUGGGUGCCUCCUUGCUCCGACUCCACUUCCAUGACUGCUUCGUUCAAGGAUGUGAUGCAUCAGUAUUGUUAGACGACACGACAAAUUUCACUGGCGAGAAAAACUCAUUUCCUAAUGCUAACUCCCUUAGGGGUUUUGAGGUCAUAGACAACAUCAAAUCUAAGCUGGAGAGAAUGUGCCAAGGUGUUGUCUCUUGUGCUGACAUCUUAGCCGUUGCUGCUAGAGAUGCUGUAGUUGCUCUUGGUGGACAAAAAUGGGAUGUGCAAUUAGGUAGAAGAGAUUCAACCACAGCAAGUUUAGCUGACGCUAAUUCAGACUUACCAGCUCCCUUUUUGGAUCUUAGUGGCCUCACCACUGCUUUUGCGAAGAAAAAUUUCACUACCCAAGAAUUGGUUACUUUAUCAGGUGCUCAUUCAAUAGGCCUAGUGAGGUGCAUUUACUUCAAAACGAGGAUUUACAACGACAGUGACAUAGAUUCAGCAUAUGCAGAACAAAUGCAAGAACAAUGUCCAUUUGAAGGUGGUGAUGACAAUUUGUCUCCCUUAGAUUCCAAGAGUCCAUUCAAAUUUGACAAUGCUUUCUACAACAACUUGGUGCAAGAAAAGGGUCUGCUACACUCAGACCAACAAUUGUUCACGAACAACGGAUCUGGAGACACAAAUUCUCAAGUUAUUAGAUAUAGCAGAAGCAUGGGGAGUUUUAAGAAGGACUUUGCAGAUGCAAUGUUUAAGAUGAGCAUGUUGACCCCACUUACUGGCUCCGACGGUGAGAUUAGGGAAAAUUAUAGGGUUGUCAAUCCACCAACCCCUAUUUAGUGAUCGUCAAUGUAUAGUGAUUAAUGUUCAUAUUAAUAGGUACGUUACUUAAUUUUAGGGUCUAUUUUUUAAGUAAAGUCUUUGUUUAUUCAAAUUAUGUUCAACCAGUGAGUGACCAGUGAUACCUGUUAAAUUCAUCGUUAAGUGUAAUCUAAUUCAAAUUAUUUUACUAUGAUUUGUAAUGAACACUAUCAUAAAUGAUUUUCUCUUAUAAUUGG